AUGAGCCCCGAUUUAUUUGUGCUCCUGGUCGUGGCUGCUGUGGGAAAAUCAGGAUCUGCAGCAAGGCCUGUGUUGAAAUUCAGGCCAAACUAUAGUCCGAUCUUCAAUGGAGAGAAAAUUCAAAUGACCUGUGAAUCCCAGUCUAAGGAGGACUAUGACUGGUUCUUUAACAAUGUAAGGAUAUCUAAAGGUAAUAACUAUCAAAUCGAAAGUGCUGAUAGCGGGAAGAGCGGAAAUUACCAGUGCGGGACCUCAGAUGGUAGCAAAAGUGAGAUGGUCACUCUGAAUGUGACUGAAGACCAGUUGAUCCUUCAAACGGCACCCUACAUUCAUGAAGGCGAUCGAUUGAUGCUGAAAUGUCACCACAAAUCUGGAAAUACUGCAACACGGAGUAAAUUUUUUAAAAAUAAAGCUGAAAUAAGAGGUUGGGAUACAGAUCAUCUGUUUUUGGGUGCCAGAUAUAACCAUCAACGCAUCCGGUACGUACAGCUGUAUAAAAGAGAUAUCUCAGGAUUCCAGGACUUCUCAGUACACUGCGUAUGCUACCGUAAAAGUCAAAGAACUGUUCACAGCCCCUGUAAUCAGUGUGACCCCAAAUCCAGCAAAAGGAAGAGAUGAUGUGACUCUAACAUGUCACACAAAUGUCUCGACAUACAUAUUGAAAACAGAACUGUGGUAUGGUUUUUACAAAGAUGGAGAGAACAUUCAGGUAUUUACCCCAGCUAAUCGAUUUCAAAUUUUGGCCGGAAAACCAAAGCGUUCUGGGAAAUAUUCCUGUGCGGCGAGACCUAAAACUAGCAGUGUGACAAAGAAAAGCGGAGAAGUAUAUCUAAAAAGUUCUAAGGCAGCGCUUAUAGAGAACAUUGCUGGGCUGGCAGUAGCUGAGUGUAUAUUGAUAACGUCAUUCAUGUUCAUCUUUAUCACCUAA